AUGAGGUUCAGUUGGAUCGAGGUGGCGGCUCUGACAGCCGCCUCGGUGGUCAGCGCUGAUGAAUUGGCGUACUCUCCCCCUUUCUACCCUUCUCCCUGGGCCAAUGGCAAGGGUGACUGGACAGACGCGUACAAGCGUGCGGUCGACAUUGUUUCGCAGAUGACACUGGCCGAAAAGGUCAAUCUGACAACGGGAACUGGAUGGGAAUUGGAAAAGUGUGUCGGUCAGACCGGCGGUGUUCCUCGAUUGGGAAUACCGGGCAUGUGUGGUCAGGAUAGUCCUCUGGGUGUUCGUGACUCUGACUACAACUCGGCUUUCCCUGCUGGCAUCAACAUUGCCGCUUCCUGGGACAAGGACCUCGCGUACCUCCGUGGCAAGGCCAUGGGCCAGGAGUUCAGUGACAAGGGUGCUGAUAUUCAAUUGGGCCCCGUUGCUGGUCCCCUCGGUAGAAGUCCCGACGGCGGUCGUAACUGGGAGGGGUUUGCUCCAGACCCGGCCCUGACUGGUGUGCUCUUUGCAGAGACCAUCAAGGGUAUCCAGGAUGCUGGCGUGGUUGCGACGGCUAAGCACUUCAUCGGCUAUGAGCAAGAGCAUUUCCGCCAGGCACCUGAGGCUCAAGGAUAUGGGUACAACAUCACCGAGAGUGGCAGCGCGAACAUCGACGAUAAGACCAUGCACGAGCUGUACCUCUGGCCCUUUGCGGAUGCUAUCCGCGCAGGUGUUGGCGCGGUCAUGUGCUCCUACAACCAGAUCAACAACAGCUACGGUUGCCAGAACAGCUAUGCUCUGAACAAGCUCCUUAAGUCUGAACUGGAAUUCCAGGGCUUCGUGAUGAGCGACUGGGAGGCCCACCACAGUGGAGUCGGUGCUGCUUUGGCCGGUCUGGACAUGUCUAUGCCCGGAGAUGUCACCUACGACAGUGGCACGUCUUACUGGGGUGCCAACCUGACCAUCAGUGUCCUGAACGGCACGGUUCCCCAGUGGCGUGUUGAUGAUAUGGCUGUCCGUAUCAUGGCCGCCUACUACAAGGUCGGUCGGGAUCGUCUGUGGACGCCUCCCAACUUCAGUUCAUGGACCCGCGAUGAAUACGGCUACAAGUACUACUAUUCCUCCGAGGGACCGUAUGAGAAGGUCAACCAGUUUGUCAACGUGCAGCGCAACCAUAGCGGGUUGAUCCGCCGUAUUGGAGCUGACAGCACGGUUCUUUUGAAGAACGAGAACGUUCUGCCCCUGACUGGCAAGGAGCGCCUGGUCGGUCUUAUCGGAGAAGACGCGGGCUCCAACGCUUACGGCGCCAACGGCUGCAGUGACCGUGGAUGCGACAACGGUACUCUGGCUAUGGGCUGGGGCAGUGGUACCUCGAACUACCCUUACUUGAUCACUCCCGAGCAGGCGAUCCAGGCUGAGGUGAUCAAGAACAAGGGCAAUGUAUUUGCCGUGACCGACAACUGGGCCAUUGACCAGAUUGAGGCACUCGCCAAGCAAUCCAGUGUCUCUCUUGUCUUUGUCAACGCCGACUCUGGUGAAGGUUACAUCGAUGUCGAUGGCAACAUGGGUGACCGCAACAACAUUACGCUCUGGAGGAACGGUGACAACGUGGUCAAGGCCGCUGCCAACAACUGCAACAACACCAUUGUCAUCAUCCACUCCGUCGGCCCGGUCCUCGUCACCGAGUGGUACGACCACCCCAAUGUCACCGGCAUACUGUGGGCUGGCUUGCCCGGCCAGGAGUCUGGCAACUCGCUCGCCGAUGUGCUCUACGGCCGUGUCAACCCGGGUGCCAAGUCGCCCUUCACCUGGGGUAAGACCAGGGAGUCCUACCGCGACUACCUGAUCACCGAGCCCAACAAUGGCGAUGGAGCCCCACAGGAAGACUUCACCGAGGGCAUCUUCAUCGACUACCGCGGGUUCGACAAGCGCAAUGAGACCCCAAUCUACGAGUUCGGCUAUGGCCUGAGCUACACCACCUUCAACUACUCGAAUUUGAACGUGCAGGUCCUGAAUGCCUCGUCGUACACUCCUUCUUCUGGCGAGACUGAGGCUGCCCCGACUUUUGGAGAGAUCGGCAACGCGUCGGACUACCUCUACCCUAGCGGACUGAAGAAGAUUACCGACUUCAUCUACCCCUGGCUUAACAGCACGGACCUCCUGGAAGCUUCCGGCGACGCCAGCUACGGUCUGAACGCGUCGGAGUAUAUCCCCGAGGGAGGCACCGAUGGCUCUGCCCAGCCGAUCCUGGCUGCUGGUGGUGGCCCUGGCGGUAACCCCGGUCUGUAUGACGAGCUGAUUCGCGUUUCGGCGACCAUCAAGAACACCGGCAAGCUUGCGGGUGACGAGGUUCCUCAACUGUACGUUUCGCUUGGAGGUCCCGAUGACGCCAAAAUUGUGUUGCGCAAGUUCGACCGCAUCUCUCUCAAGCCAUCGCAGGAGGUUGAGUGGAGCACGACUCUGACACGACGCGACCUGGCAAACUGGGAUGUUGCGGCGCAGGACUGGACCAUCACGUCUUAUCCCAAGACGGUGUAUGUCGGUAGCUCUUCGCGGAAGCUGCCGCUCCGCGCGUCACUGCCUACUGUCCAAUAG